UCAAUUUUAUCACAGUGUUGUGUGAAAUGCAACAAAAUGAAUUUAUUAAUUCAUCAACUGAUAAUUCUUGCCACAAUACUAUUGGCAGAUGCAAGGCAUUGUAGAUCGACAUCUUCUCACCUGACACACCAUGAAGAAACAAAUGACGUCGAUUCACAUUCACACAGUCCAAACAAAGCAAAAUCUGAACCGCAUAUAGAUGUCUGCAAAAGCCCCUCGGUUUGUGUUCCUUAUGUGUCAUGUCCCGCUCAUGUUCGAAAGACAACAGUAAUAAAUUGCAAAACUGUUGGAGGAGGUCAAGGAGUAUGUUGUUCUUCUGGAAGAAAUCAUACAGAACAUAUUAGCAAAAAGGGUCGUGAACAUUUCCACCAUUUGGAUCCUGUGACUAUCGGAGUUCUUGCCUAUCAUAGUCAAACUGAACUGGCCGAUCUUAGAACAAGAGAGUCUAGACUUUUGGGUGGAUCCUCAACUAUAUUACGUCCGGGACCAGCUAGUUUCAGUCACUUUAGAAACUCCAGAUCCUUCGACCAAAAUGAUCUCUCCGAGGUUGUGGAUGUUGCCAACAAAGCUUUAGAAAUUGCUAUUGCUACCAAAGCAUUUAAGCAUAGGCAGGGUAUUACAAAUCAACAAUUGGAACUAGGAAUGAUUGAGCAAGACCUAAGACUAACACCUCUUGGAGAUGCAUGUAUUACAAAGCCAUUUUGUCCCUUGAUUCACGACAAAUAUAGAAGGAUAGAUGGUUCAUGUAAUAAUAUGCAAAAUACAGCUUGGGGAACUCCUUUUACUCCAUAUUCCAGGCUACUUCCACCAUCCUAUUUUGAUGGCAUUUGGGCACCACGUCUUUCUGUUGUCAACAAUCAACGUCUUCCAAGUCCGAGAUUAAUAAGUACAACUCUAUUCCCUGAUGAAGAUAUUCCAAAUUAUCAGUUUACUUUACUUCUCAUGCAAUUCGGACAAUUUUUGUCUCAUGACAUCACUCAAUCUAUCGAUACAUCAUUCGUGAAUGGUAGUGCUAUCUCUUGUUGUUAUCCUGAUGGUUCUGGUGCUCUGGAACCAGAGUUCAGACAUCAUUCUUGUAUGCCCAUCGAGAUACCGGAGUCCGAUGAAUUUUAUGGCGUUUUUAAACAAAAAUGCAUGAAUUUUGUUAGAUCAGUGUUAGCACCUAGGGAAGACUGUACUUUAGGUUAUGCACAACAAAUGAAUAAAAUAACACAUUUUAUCGAUAUGUCGUCGAUCUAUGGAUCGACCUCAGAACAAACAGGGGAACUUCGCAGUUUUGAAGGAGGCAAAUUAAAAGUAUUCAACGAUUUUGGUAGAGAUUUAUUACCACUUUCCAAAGAUCCCGAAGCAUGUCUUACUAUGGAACAGGGUUCAGCUUGUUUCCAGUCAGGUGACACGAGAUCAAAUCAGAUGAUAUCGUUAGUUGCUCUUCACACAAUUUUUCACAGAGAACACAAUCGCAUAGCUGAGGAAUUAUCUAAAAUUAAUCCUAUGUGGACUGAUGAAAUUUUAUUUUUAGAAUCCAGAAAAAUUGUUAUUGCUGAGAUGCAAACAAUUAUUUACAAGGAAUUUUUACCGGCCGUCAUAGGUGACCUAGCAAUGGAAGAAUUCGAAUUGAAAUUAACCGAGGGAAUGGAAUACGCACACGAUUAUAAUGCACAGAUUGAACCGUCGGUCACCAAUGAGUUUGCAACUGCAGCUUUAAGAUUUGGUCACUCGAUGGUGUCCGGAUUGAUGAAAAUAUACGGCAAGAAUAAUAUGGAAGAAAUGAUAUCCAUUCCUGAAGUAAUGUUCCAUCCGGCACGAAUGCGUAAAAGGCUUUUCCUUGAUGAGCUUUUGAGUACUUUGACAACGGAACCUAUUCAAGAAGUUGACACUUGUAUGUCCGAAGGAUUAACCAAGUACAUGUUUAGAGGUGGCAAUCCAUUUGGAGUCGAUUUGGCUUCGUUAAAUAUUCAACGUGGAAGAGAUCAUGGAUUGCGUCCCUAUAAUGAUUAUAGAGAACUUACUGGUCAACGCCGAAUUAAAUCCUUUGAUGAAUAUCCUCCAGAGAUUGCGAAAAAGUUGGCCAAAGUAUAUGCUUCAGUGGACGACAUAGAUUUGUGGGUUGGAGGCCUUUUGGAACCUAAAGCACCUGGAAGUCUUGUUGGUAAAACAUUUAGAGACAUUAUAGCUGAUCAAUUUGUACGGUUGAAGAAAGGUGAUAAGUACUUCUUCGAAAAUAAUCCCACUAUUAAUCCUGGACAUUUAACGCCAGAACAACUUCAAGAAAUUAAACGUACAUCAAUAGCUCGCAUUAUUUGCGAUAAUAGCGAUGGAAUAUUAUUAGCGCGUUUGGCACCAAAUGCUUUUAAGCAACCUGGAGUUAAUGGAAACGACUACGUCGAUUGCACAAGUCCAGAGAUUCCUAGAAUAGAUUUAAAAAAAUGGGAACAAUAAGUUCUGAAUUUUUGUAUUUGUUGUUAUAUGAAUUUUAUUAUACAUUUUAUAAUAUGUUAAUUGUUGUGUUUGUGGUUAUUUUUAAAAAUUAAUAAAUGCUUUUUAAUUUGCGA